AUGCCGAUGCUCGAGGUGAUCGUGGAUCACCUGGCCGUAGAUGUUCUUGUAUUCACGGACACGGGCGUCUACACGCCGACGCGUGUGUUGAUGGGCGGGACCGACAGUUUAGCCUACUGCCAGUCGUCGGUCCAAGAAAUGUUCGCGACUGAACUCUACAAGUCGCUGUUGAUCUGGUUGGACGUUCGCGGCAUCAAGCUGAACCCAAAGAAAUGUCGGUUCUAUGAGAUCGAAUCCCGCUGGUUCUGGCGCAUUCUCUCUUCCGACGGCGUCAAGCAAGACCCCGAACGCAUCAAGGAGUUGCAAGAUCUGAAGAUGCCACCGAUGACCGACCUCAUGGAGUCGGUCUACAAGGCAGCUUGCGGACGGACCCGUCCCACGUCGGCCAAAGCAACUUUGGCCGACGUGGGCUGGAGCGCUGCCCAUGCAGCGUGUCUCACGGCUUGCAAGCAAGCCCUCAGUUGUGUGGUGACGUUAGCUCAUCCCAAGCAAGACCGGCUGAUCUGUGUGCUUGCUGAAGCAAGUGACCUCCAUUGGGGAGAUGUGGUGACCCAAAUUCCUCACGAUCAUGUUGAUCGUGAGCUGAGGCUCAAGACCAUGAGCCGCUCAUGUUCCUGA